AGCCUGAGGAGCAACAACAGUGAGGGCGAGAGCGAGAAAGAGAGAAAGAGAGGACGGGUCGCAAUGUUCCAUCCUCGCUGCGGCCGCUGCGUCCACCUCGCCAAUGGGAACAAGACCGCCUUUAGGAGCAACCCGACGCAGGAGUUCAACCGAGGACUCAUAUUCAGUCUCGAGCCCAUCAAAGAUAACGAGGUGUUCGAAGUGACGAUCGAUAAGAAGUUAAACACAUGGAGUGGAAGCAUCGAAAUAGGUGUAACUGUCUGCAAUCCAGAUGUCAUCGAUAUUCCCAUCACUGCCACCGACCUACGAGGAGGGACAUGGAUCAUGCUGGGACAGGGUGUGCUGCGGGAUGGCCGCUCCCUCCAUGAGGCAUAUGGCUGUGACCUGGACAAGCUGGUGGAGGGGGACAGGGUGGGCGUAAUGAGAACAUCUCAGGGAGACCUGAAGUUCUUUGUGAAUGGUGACUGCCAGGGUGUUGCGGCUGCCAAUCUGCCACAGAUGCUAUAUGCUGUGGUGGACAUGUAUGGCAAAUGUGCACAAGUUACUGUCACUGCACCGGCCACUCCUGACUCCAACACACUAGAUGAAGACUCCAUCAGUGAGGUGUCAUCACUACGGGACUCUAAUAUCCUAGACUCACAGCUGGACCCUUUGCCACCACUACCUUCCUCUGCCACCACCACUGCCACCACCACCACCACCACUACCAUCACUCCUACAGCUGCUACCAAUACUACAGUUCCAGCCACCACCACUAAUAUCAUCAAUAACAAUGACAACACUGUCAGUGCAUCCGCUAUUCCUGAAAGUACUCCUGCUAUUGCUGCCACUACGACAACCACCACCACCACCACUGCUACUCCUCCCAGCGCCCCACCCAGCUUUGCCUCAAGCAGUGCGCUGAGCAACCAUGUGGCCAACAUUAGUAUUGCUAACAGCCUCAUGUCCAACAGUGACAGCAACUUGCUACACCAGGAGCGUGACAGCCGGGACAGUGGCGGUGGUGGUGGUGGUGGUGGUAAUGAUGUGCCCUUCGGUGCCUCGCUGCGGCCUCCUGAUGCUUGUGCCAACUCCCCAUUGCCUGAUGCCACACUGGGGCCUGUGUGCAAUAAUAACAACAACAACAACAACAAUAACUCUCAGGCAACUGGCACCCCAUCAGGCUACACAAUGGGAGGUGCUGUGGGAGGCUCUGGCAGCAACAACAGUAACAACAAUAAAAACAAUAAUAAUAACAACAACAACAAUGCUGGUGGUGGUGACAAGGCCAGUGGGAACAUUGGUCCUGGCCAGUCAGGGAACAGUAGUCACAGCACCUCAGACAACAUGGUGGGCUACUCUUCAGUGUCUGACCGCCUCCGCUUCCAUGACAAGUGUGGCACGCUGGUCAAGCUGUCCAAUGGUGCCCGCACUGCUGAGAGACGGCGCCCUCUUGAUGAGUUCAACAACGGGGUGGUGAUGAGCUAUCGUGCCCUCAGAGAGAACGAGCUGUUUGAGAUUCGAAUUGACCGGCUAGUGGAUAAGUGGUCAGGCAGCAUUGAGGUGGGCAUCACCACUCACAAUCCUGGCCUCCUGGACUUCCCUGCCACCAUGACCAACAUGCGCUCUGGCACCACCAUGAUGAGUGGAACAGGCAUCCUCACCAAUGGCAAGGGAACACACCGGGAAUAUGGAGAGUUUAAUCUUGAUGAGCUGAAGGAAGGUGACAGGAUAGGUAUGAUGAUCAAGACUGGGGGUGAGCUCCACUAUUACAUCAAUGGACUAGACCAAGGCAUUGCUGCAACGGGUGUGCCACCUCCUGUAUGGGCAGUGGUGGAUCUGUAUGGCAUGACUGUCAAGGUGACCAUCGUGGAGCGUGAUGAGAGGGAGGAACAGAACCUGAUCACGAGGCGGAACACCCAGAUGGGUGAACCACAACCCACUCUCUCAGACACGGGCCACUCGGAUGAAGACACUGGAGAGGCCCUAUUGUUCCACCCCAACUGUGGUACCUAUGCUCAAGUGAUUAACAACGGCCGCACAGCCCACCGGCCAAAUGCUGCUGAUGAUUUUAACAAUGGAGUUGUCCUGACGCGCCGUCACCUCAAGCCCAACGAGAUGUUUGAGGUUCGACUUGACCGGUGUGUAGACAAGUGGGCUGGCUCCUUGGAGAUUGGUGUGACCACCCACCCACCCACUGAUCUGGAGUACCCCUCCACCAUGACCAAUGUGAGAUCUGGCACGUGGAUGAUGACCGGCAAUGGUGUGAUGCACAAUGGCACAACCAUCAUUGAUGACUAUGGGCAGAACCUGGACAGACUGAAGGUUGGGGAUCGUGUGGGUGUUUUGCGGAAGGACAACGGCAAUCUGCACUUCUUUGUGAAUGGGGUGGACCAGGGGCAGGCUGCCAGCAAUGUGCCUGAGAAUAUAUUUGGUGUUGUGGACCUGUAUGGUCAGGCAGCACAAGCAACUGUGGUGCAGCACACUGACCAUUGCUCCUCGGAUGUCCUCCCUUCCAGUGUUUCCAGCUCCACUAUUUACAGUGACCUGCGGUUCCAUCACCUCCAUGGGAAGAACGCUCGCAUCCUCAAUGGUGGACUGACAGCGCAGCGGCCCAACGCACAUGGGGAGUUCAAUGAUGCAAUAGUGAUCAGCAACAGACAGCUGCAUGAAGGCGAGAUGUUUGAGGUGAUGAUUGACAAGAUGGUGGACAGAUGGUCAGGCUCUCUGGAGGCUGGCGUGACAGCCAUCCCUCCAGAGGAUAUUGACUUCCCUAGCACAAUGACGGACAUUGACUAUGACACAUGGAUGCUGAGUGGCUCAUCUGUGAUGCGUGACGGUGUGACAGUCAUGAACAACUACCGCUGUGAUCUGGACGCCCUGGUGGUUGGCACACGGGUGGGCAUGAUGCGCCACUCUGAUGGCUCCCUUCAUUACUAUGUUAAUGGCGAGGACCAGGGCACCGCCUGUGAGAACCUUCCACCAGGUCUGUGGCCAGUGAUUGAUCUGUAUGGGCAGUGUGCUCAGGUAACCAUAGUCCACAACCCCAUCAGGCAUGACCAAUCCCUAAUCUCUGUGUCCCAGUACUUGGACAUGUCGCACCUCUCCCUCCCUGCUGCAGGGCAGACCAGCGUGGGCUCCGAGGUCAUCCACCGCUUCUCCAAGUGUUGUGGUCCAAACAUCACGCUGACAAACAACAAUACAACUGCCAAGCGGGUGCGGCACUACAACCAUGGCCUUGUGUUCACGUCACACCCGCUAGAGCCGGAGGAACUGUUUGAGGUAUCGAUUGAUCGUGCUGCCAUUGGCUAUUGUGGGUCACUGGCGAUUGGCCUCACCUCUCUGCCCAUCAGUGAUUCCUACCCAACAGUCAGCUUGCCCGCAACUGUAUCAGGGAUAGAGGCGGCUGAUGCAUGGUGGAUCAGUGGCUCAGACGUUUGGCGGAAUGGGCCCUCUGUUCUACGGCUUAAUUAUUGUCCAAACUUGGGAAGACUGAUGGUUGGAGACCGUGUGGGCAUCAAGAGGACCUCUGACGGGGCAAUGCGUCUGUUCCUCAAUGGAGAAGACUGUGGUGUGGCAGCAACAAAUAUAACAAAGCGGGUGUUUGGUGUGGUGGACCUAUUUGGGUUUAUUGAAUCGGUGGUGGCCACCAGUGUGUCGCGCCAGGCCAGCUCUCCAGUCAUGGAUUCCACUGUGGUUGCCUCCAAUAACAAUGCAGUAUCUCAGGACUCACUUGAGCUGUCACAGCCAGAAUCUCGCCAACCUCUUGGACUUGGCUCCUUAUCUUCAGGCUUCCACCCGGCCACCUCAGCCCACAUCCCACCUCCAGAUGUACGAGUUCCCAUGGACAGUAAGGCUCUGGCUGCUGAACACAACAGGCAAGAGGCAGCAGGACAGAGCAGCCGCCACUCACAGCCAUCAGACACAAGAUCCUCAGUGCACAGAGACCAAGACCCACAGACAGAGACUCGGCAAGGGGUGACCAGCAAUAACAAAGAUUCUUCCCUUAUUCAAUUCCAUGAAAAUACUGGAAAGAACAUCCUCCUCUCCCCUGAACGAUUAUCAGCACGGCGUUCAGAAAGCUACAACCAGGGUAUCGUCAUGUCUGCUCGUCCCCUGCCCAGAAACACUCUCUUCCAGGUGCGCCUUGGCUCCCUGAACCCUCGGUGGUCCAGCUCCCUCAUGCUGGGGGUUACAGCACAGUCCCCAGAGAAACUCCACCUGCCCAACACAGCCUUCGCCCUCAAGAGGAACACAUGGAUCAUAUCAGGAGACUCGGUCUUCUAUAAUGGAGUCAAAAUCAAGGGUCGGUACGGACCAGACCUUGACAGCCUGGCAGGUGGCCAUGUGGUGGGGGUGCGAGUGGACCAUGAGGCACGUCUCCACCUGCUGGUGAAUGGCGUGGACCAAGGCGUAGCAGCCAAGGAGAUCCCACCCACUGUCUAUGUGGUGCUGGACCUGUAUGGGCAGUGUCAGGAGGUUGCCAUCAGCAGCAGCAGCAGUGUGAUGAGUGGUGACUUAGCUAUCACCACUCCCACUGGCACUACCACCAUCACCAACACCUCCACCACCACCACCACGACACCCACAGCCUCCAGCAUGGCCAACAGCCUCCCCAUCACGGCCACCAACACCAUGGUCACCAGCACCAAUUCCCAGGCUGGCCAUGAACAAAACAAAAAGAAUCUUCUUAAGACUCAUCACCAUCACCAUCAUCACCACCACCACCAUCACCACACACAUAAUAUCCAGCAACAGCAGCAGCAGCAGCAACAACAGCAACAACAGCAGCAGCAGCAGCAGCAGCAACAACAACAGCAGCAGCAGCAGCAACAGCAGCAGCAGCAACAGCAACAACAACAGCAACAACAGCAGCAUCCUCAUCCAGACAACAGCAGUAGCAACAUCUCCAAUGAGUCACGACAACCCUGCUCAAACAUUGAAGUGGAGCACAUUACACAGCCCCAUCCACCCAAGGAUAAGGACAAGGGUGUAAUGAGGAGCUUGCCAGACAGCUCAGUGGUCAAGAACUGUGAGUAUCAGAAUAUGUGUCAGCGCUUCAAGGCCUCCUUGGCCCUUCCAGAGGGCUACUUCAGUUCAGAUGGCAACCUGUGCUACUGCGAGACAUGCCAUAAGAUUCGUGGAGACGAGCCUUACUACACUAAAGGGAACCCACCCAAGCACUAUGCACAACCGUUUGGUUGGUGUAGGUUCAGUCUAGUGAGCGGUGUGGGGGACAACAAUGAGUCAUGGCACAUGGCUUACCACGGCACGCGGCCCGGGGCAGUGCGGCGCAUGCUGGACAAAGGGGAGCUGCUCUUUCCGGGGGAGCUGGGUGUGAGCUCCACCCUUGCUGGCCGCCGCAGCAAGGAUGACGACAGUGAUGGCUCCCAGCUCUGCUUCUCCCCGACCAUCACCUAUGCUUCAGCUCAGCCCUUCACUCCACCUGUCUUAUUUGUGGACCCAUGCACCAGGAAGAGAGUGCAGGUGCGAGUGGUUCUGCAGGUGGCUGUCAAGCCAGGCUCCUAUAAAGUUGGCUCUCCAUCAGUACCAUGGACACCCACACCUGACACUCACCUCCAUCCGGACACCAUUGAAUGGGUGACAAAGGAACGCGGUGCUACACAACUGUUGGCACUGCUUGUAAGUUUGGAGGAAAAGUGAGGUGCUCAAGUCAAAUUGUGAGAAUGGCUAUUUUUAAAUUCACAUUAGUUUCUUUUUCUUAAGAAACUUUAUAUUACUGCUUCCCUCCAAGUAAAAUACUGAUAUGUACAUUGUUCUGCAAUUUGUAAAGGUCCCGUUGUGUGAAUCCAGUCAAAUAAUAUGUAAGAUAUGUAUGCAUAAUAUAGUACAAGUACAGGCUGGACGACAGGGCCGGACCAGCCACCAGGAGGCCCACACAGGCAGUGUUAGGCCACUGGGUACUGAAGGUUUUGUUUGCAGCACUAACACAAAGAUGCACCUCUGCAAAUCCAGCCACAGCCUUCUCUAAUUAGUGUUGUAUAGUAGUCCUGAGAAUAACUGGAAUUGGAAUCACUUGAGAGUUGAUCACAAAUCCAGCUUAAAAUUUCAAUUAUCACAAUAGUUUUAUACUUGAAAUUUUCCAUAGAAGUUAUUUAUUGUAAGGUCAGGGAAGCUGUGAUCUUGUGCAUAGACAAGAGGGAAUGAGAAGUAGUAGUUUAUGCAACUCACAGUGAAUGGUGAGCUUAUCAUGAGGCAAACUAGUUGAUAAAGUUAUGCAGAAUGUCUAACAAUGACAAAAUGUAAUGUAGAGGUAUGCACUGUGUCUUUACAGGGUAAUUAAUUUCUGGAUGAGCUUGUAAAAUUAUGACACAAAAGUGAUCACAGUUUCAUUGCCUCAUUAAUGGUUUUCUGAGUAUUUUCAUAAGCCUACACACUUCAUUGAUUCUUGAACCAUUCAAAGAUUUGGAAUUCUUUGAAACUACUUAUGAUAAAAGACAAGAUGUGUUAGAAACAACAUAUGAAAGUUACUACACUGGCCUUUGUCUUGUUUGAAAGACGAUCCCAAUUAUGGGCCCCGUCCUGGGUGGCAAGCGCUCCGGCCCUGCUGAGGAAAGCACUUAAACAUUCCAUGCAGUAGUUGUGCAGGAAAGUAAAUAACGGAAAAUGUGCUUUCUUAAGUCAUUAUUUCUGUCACAGAAUGUCAGUGUGUUUAGUGUGCAAGUAGGUACAGCUACAGUAAAUAGUACCUGUGAAUUUUUGAUGGAGUAAAAAUUUAAUAAUUUCCAAUAGUAUCAAAAAAAUAAUGCUUCAUUACUAUGCAAAUAUAUAAGUAACCAGUAGAUUUUCUAUUGAGUACUAGUAAUAUCUGAAAGCAAGUGUAAGGAGCAAUUUUUUACAGGAUGAAUUUCUGGGAAAAAAGUUCAAACACUUCACUGUUAAGUUGCUAUUAAAUAAAACACUACAAGGAGUGUAGACAUGAUUAGUGGAUGAGGGCUGUAAGAAUCAGGAAUUUAGACAUCAGCAUACAUGUGUAAAGUGAUCUUGUAUGUAAGCUAGUGUGUAUGUGUACUAGUCUGAACACAGUUUGUGUUCCUUUUUUUUAUUUUUAUGCUCUUUAGUCAUGGCUCAGUCAGGGCCAGCAGGCAGUAAGAGUGUUGUGUGCUCACGUAAUGGCAGGAAAACUUGGUUAGUUAAACUUUAUAGAUUUCUUUCUUGUAUAGGAGGAAGAGGAUAUUGGUGAGGCAACAUGUUUAACAAUUUAUAUAAGUAAUGUUUUGUGCAUGGUCUGCAAUGAAAGUACUGGCUUUGUGAGGGAAGUGAGUGCAGCUUUUAGGUAAUGCCAGUAAUUAUAUGAAACUUUCAGUGUACUAGCUUAAGGGACAUGUAAAUGAUUCAUGACAACAGAAUUAUCAUGUGUCUCUUAAGGACUCAUGUUUGAUAAGAAUUUAUCAAGUAUACUCAGUCUGUUUUUGUUGCCAGACACAUCAGCUUUAAAAAGUGCAAAUAAUGCAUGUUAUACUACAGUCCAUUUGGGUUAACUAGAUGGAUUCAUCACAUAUCUGACUAUGAGAAUAUCCACAAAGUUAAUGUGGAUGGACUAUAAUUCCUUGAGAGUGUCACAGUGUUCAGUGCUACAGUACUCAGUGGAUUAGAGGAGUUUAAUACUGGAUGACAGUGAAUAUUGAAAGGUAUUAAAUGUAGCCUCUGCCAUGUUGUCAAGGCUGCACAGCUUUGCUUCAAUGCAAAUCAUGAAGCAGUUUAUUAUUUUCUUUUCACAGAAUGGAAAACAAUGUACUGUAUUUUUAAAUGAGGUAGGGAAAAUUCUGGAUCAGAUUGUAAUUGGUAAGAAAUAGUAUAUGAAACUGAGAAUUACUCGCAGAUUGAGGGACGUGGUUCUGGUAUGAUAGAAAUUUAACAAAGCUUUGUUGAUGGUAAUGAAGUGCAAUAGGUUUUCUCUUUAACAAUCACCUCAUGUACAUUUUCUAAGAAAAAGUGUGUUCUUUCAUAAGGAAAAUAACUUUUUAGGCAAAGUUUUACUGAAUUAUUAUACAGUAAUGAUGUAACAGUUUCAGUGCAUUGCUCAUGAAUAAAACGUGUGCUGCCAACUGAGUCAUCCACAGCAAUGAUAGUUUAAGUGUAGCUUCAAGAAAAACUUGCAGGGUUAUCGUGAUAUUAGAGCCACACUUUAAAAAAAAAGUGCAAUUCAGGUCAAUGGAUGACUUGCAUAUAAGCUUUCAGACUUACAGAAUGUUAGGACAGAUUAGUAACAUCACACACUAAACCCCAUAUCAUAUGUUAUGCUUGCUGCUUCCAUGACUGCAGUUCUUUAUUCCUAUCUUUGUCUGCUUACAAGUGAUGAAUGUAAAUUAAUCUAAACUAUAUAUGUGCAAUUUAUUUUUAAUUUUAACUUUUCACAACAGAAUACCAGAACAUAACAACUUGUCUAAAUCUUGUGUUCACGUGCCAAGUCAGCUUCUCAGGCAGCAUUGAGAAAGGACCACCUGUGUUUACUGUUUUUUUCAUUUGCAUAUAUAUUUGUGAAUUUGCAAACUCUGCAACAAGUAAGGGAUGUGUGUUCAUCAGUGUGUGACUCUGAUAACAUGGUUUUCCACUGUAGCUUUUGUGUUCGCUGCCAUCAUGAUUGUGACAUCAAGUCAAGUGACAGUGUCUUCUUGUUAUGCAUAUCUACUGGUGAUAAUUAGAUAUUACUUAGAAUGGUUUAAGCAUGUUGUGAAAAUAGAUGAAAAUGAGCAAAUUAUGAAUUUAUUGUGUAAUCAUGUAAAACUGACAGGCAAGGCCAAUAAGUUAUUUGGUAAAGUAGAACAGAAUAUUUAUGAUCAAUAUAUACACACAUAAUCUGUAUAUCGAGAAAAAUAUGACUGGCUUUAGUGAUUGCCAGUCUCUGGAGAGAAAGAUUUCAGGGAGGAAGAUAUAUAAAUUUUUGUGAUAGAAGCAGUAUCUUUAAAAAAGGAAGGCAAGAUAAAAUGAGAAUGCACAUAGUUAACUAGACACUGAUUAAUUUUGUUGCAUAUGAAUAUACACUAAUUAUUGUUAUUUGCAUUGAAAACAAGAUUAGUAAAGAUGGUGAAAGAGUAUGUUGGUAUGGUGAAUGAUGCUAAUGACUCAGCUAGUCACUAUGUCUCCAGGAACACAGCCAGCUAAGGCAUUGGUUUGGACAGGAUAACCUGGCAUGUAAAUGCACACUGUGGUGAUUUCCAGCAACUGUUGUAUAUUCGUAAGUCUAUUUAUUCAUUUAUUGUUUGUAUUUAUUUUUUUAUUUUUUUAUUUAUUUAUUUAUUUAUUUAUUUAUUUAUUUAUUUAUUUUUUUUUUUUUUUUUUUUGCAUUGAAUAUUUGAUCUACCAUCCAUUUAUGACAAUACAUUAAAUCUUCAUAGAAAUACACAUGCACACACACACCGUGUAGUGUAGUGGUUAGCACGCUGGGCUCACAACUGAGAGGGUUUGGGUUCGAGUCCCAGGAAGCGGUAAGGCAAAUGGGCAAGCCUCUUAA